CAAAGACGGAUCUUGAACAAACAUGCGUGGAGUUUGGCUUUAUCUCAAGAAGUCUCUUAGCUGCUGCAGUGCACAGAAGUCAACUGUCGCUUGUGAUCGAGACAAGAACCAAAUUCAGAAGAAUCCAUCUGGAUCCUCAAGAUCAAUGUCAAAUCUGAGAGAUGUUUUUGGAACUAAUGGAGAUGAAGGAGCUAUGCAGAAUCCAAGCUGUUGCAGCUCACGGUCUCUGGAGAGCUCCAGGUUUAUAAACACAGUGAAAUUUGAGGGGAAUACCGGUUAUUCAGACAGAUUCGAAGGUUUGAUCAGAGGAGCGUCUUCUUCUGAUUUACUUCCCAGUCGUUGUUCAGAGAGAUUUGAUGUUGUUGGCUCUGACAUCUGCGGUUACGGAGUUCUUACUUGUCGAAAAUGUCAUGAGAGAGUCAGAGAUCUUGACGCGUUUGAGGCGCAUUACCUCUCUAACCACUCUGUCAUUAGACUCUUAGCAGGAGAUUUCUCAAGAACAACUGUGGAGCUGAUCUGCAAUACAGGCUAUCCUCACAAGCUUGGCAAAACAAACAACAUUUCGGCGAUUUUGAAAAUCCAGAACUUGCAAAGAGUUGUUGCAGAGUUUGAAGAUUACAGAGAACUUGUGAAAAUAAGAGCGAACAAGCUUGCCAAGAAACACUCUCGCUGUAUGGCUGAUGGGAACGAGUUUCUUGGGUUCCACGGAACAAAUCUUUGUUGCACACUCGGUUUGAGUAACAGCUCUUCAAACCUCUGUUUCUCAGAUCAAUGUGGAGUUUGUCAUAUUCUAAGACAUGGAUUCAGUCCUAAAACAAGACCAGAUGGGAUCAAAGGGGUUAUCACAGCAUCAUCUAGCUCUGCAGCUCUUGAUUCUAUCGAAAAAACUGAUCAAGGAAGAAACAGAGGUUCAUUGAAAGCUGUUGUGCUAUGUAGAGUUAUUGCAGGUAGGGUUCAUAAACCUAUGCAGAAGUUUGAAGAUCCUUUAGGGUUUUCUGAGUUUGAUUCAUUGGCUUUGAAAGUGGGACCAAAUUCUAGAAUUGAAGAGCUUUAUCUAUUGAACCGUAACCACGUCUAUAUCCAGGCUUACGACGAGUAUGGAUUCAUGGAUAUCGCCAAGCCUUUUGACAAUUUCUCGGUCAUUCCUUCCUCACCUGAUGCGAACCCGGUUCCUUUCUAUAUUCCACCUCAGACUAUAGAAUAUACUUUAUCCACUCCGCACCCAUAUCUAUGAAUUUUUACUUUGUCGUUUCCCGGCCCCGUUUCUAGUUCCGGUACCCGUUUCAAUGCUACUUAGCCAGGUAGUAAUCUAUGUAUUGUUUUGAAUGGAGACUAUAUCCACCACUCUGUAUUAUUGUUCCAAUUAAGAAAUUCGACUCGCUUAA